UUAGCUUCUCAUUCCCAGAAUUUCAACUACUUGUUUUUUUUUUUUUGGUUGUGAAUUUAUGAUAUAAUUAGACAUUUAAAAAUAAAUAUAUGAAACAAUUUUAAUUUUGUGAAAUUGUUUGACUAUUUCAAGGUUGAGUAGCUUGGAGAGCCUAGAUUUAAGUUCCAACAAUUUCAAUAAUAGCAUCUUAUCAUCUUUGGGUGGUCUUUCUUCGUUACAAUCUUUGGUUCUAGCAGAUGUUGGAUUGAAGGGAAGUGUUGAUGUUGAAGGAUUAUAUUCUUUGAAAAACUUAGAGGAGCUGGACAUGGGGGAGAAUAACAUUGACCAAUUUGUCAACUCCAAAGAUCAUAAAGGCUUGAAGAAGUUGAAUGUCCUCUAUCUAAAUGAAAUUGAAACCACUAAUACAAGUGUUUUUUUACAAUCAACAUUAAAUUCAUUUCCAUCUUUGAGGACUCUCGACCUUUCAGAAAAUAUUUUUAAUAGAACAGUAAUUGUUUGAGAGUUGCACAAUUUAACCAAUUUAGAAGAAUUGUGGCUGGAUAGAUCUAAGCUCCAUAUAAGCUUUCUACAAAAUGUUGCCACUAUUUCUUCACUGAAACGUUUGUCAAUGUGGGAUUGUGAAUUCAAUGGAUUCUCAUAUGAUCAAGGUCCAAUCGCUUUCAAAAAGUUGGAAAGUUUGAUCAUGACUCAUACCACUCUCAACAAUAGCUUUUCUAAAAUCUUUAGACCAAUAACUUCACUUAAACAAUUAUUACUGUCUGGUUGUGGACUCAAUGACACAUUAUAUGAUCAAGGUGUGUGUGAGAUGGUUCAUUUGCAAGAGUUGCAUAUUGACUACAAUAAUUUACGGGGUAGCUUACCAUCAUGUCUUGCAAAUUUGACUUCACUUCAACAAUUAUAUAUCUCUUCGAAUCAAAUAACUGGAAACAUCUCUCCCCUUAAGGAUCUUGCAUCCAUCAAAGUUCUUCACAUUUCAGACAAUCUCCUUCAAAUACCAAUUUCGCUUAAUUCAUUUUUUAACCUUUCAAACCUCAAAGAUUUUGAGAGUGAAAAUAACCAAUUAUAUGUGGAGACCAUGUCAGAUUCCUUGAUCCCAAAGUUUCAAUUAAAUUCCAUAACGUUGUCUGGUUAUGGAAAUGUUGGCACUUAUCCCAAAUUUCUUUAUCAUCAACACAACUUGCAAGAAGUUCACCUCUCCCAUAUUAACUUAGGUGGAAAUUUUUCUUAUUGGUUAUUGUAUAACAAUACCCAAUUGGAAACACUUCAUCUACAUAAUAAUUCUCUUUCAGGAACUUUUCAAGUGCCAUUUGAGGCCAAUUUGAAUUUAAGAGCAUUACAUGUCUCCUUCAAUUUCUUUCAUGGUCAAAUUCCAAUAGAUAUUGGUGCAAAACUACCAAACCUAAUUUAUUUAAACAUGUCUAGAAAUGGUUUCAGUGGUAGUAUUCCAUCUUCUUUUGGUGGUAUGAAGUCAUUGAAAAUUUUGGACUUAUCUAACAAUAGAUUGUCCAGUAGAAUACCUGAACACUUAGUCAUGGGUUGUUUCUCACUAGAAGUACUUAUGCUAUCAAAUAACGAUUUGCAAGGUCAAAUCUUUUCCAAUAAUUUGAACAUGACGAGAUUGUUGUUGUUACACUUGGGUGGAAAUCGUUUUAGUGGAAAGAUUUCAAAAAGCUUGUUAAACUGCUCUUUAUUAGAAAUACUAUAUCUCAAUGAUAACCAUUUCUCAGGCGAGAUCCCAAGAUGGUUUGGAAAUCGAUUAAAUUUAUAUGAUAUAGUGAUGCCUAAUAAUCAAUUUGAAGGUCCACUUCCGAAGGAACUUUGCCAAUCUGGAUCUCUUGAAAUUUUAGACCUUUCAGAUAAUAAUAUCUCUGGAAGUUUACCAUCCUGUUUUGGUAGUGCAGGUAUCAAACAAAUUCACUUGUCAGGAAAUAAAUUACAAGGACAACUAAAAGAUGCUUUCUACAUUAAUAGUUCCUCCUUGGUGGUUUUAGAUCUUAGCUAUAACCACUUAGAAGGAAACAUUCCAAAUUGGAUUGGGAAACUCCCUUCUUUAGGUUACUUGAUCUUAAGUAACAACAACCUUGAAGGUGAAUUACCUAUUCAAUUGUGCAAUUUGGGAGAGCUACGCUUGAUAGAUCUUUCGAAAAAUAAUCUUCAUGGUAAAAUUCCUUCUUGUUUACAUUUUACUGCCCUCUUUGAAGGAAAUGGGAAUGAUGAAACUUUAAAUGUUGGCUUUGAGGAUAUAAUUCAAUAUAUUUAUGGAGAUGAGACUUCUGAAGCAAAUAUGAAUGAUGAGCUUCCAAGAGGAAGUGAAGAACCUAUAAAAAUUAUUACAAAAAAUAUAUCAUGCUCUUAUAAAGGAAAAAUCCUCAAAUCUAUGUCUGGAAUUGAUAUGUCAUGCAAUAAAUUGUCCGGUGGAAUUCCUCGUACAAUAGGAAAUCUUACCAGGAUUCGUACUCUUAAUCUCUCUAAUAAUAAUUUGAUAGGAUCAAUUCCAGUGACAUUCUCAAAUCUCAAACAAAUUGAGAGCUUGGAUCUUUCCCAUAAUAAUUUGAGUGGAGAAAUUCCUGCUGAACUAGUAGAGAUAUAUACUUUGUCUGUAUUCAGUGUAGCAUACAAUAAUUUAUCGGGCAAAACACCUGCAAGAAUUAAACAAUUUGCAACAUUUGAGGAGAGUAGCUAUGAAGGGAAUAAAUUUCUUUGUGGAUUGCCAUUAAAUAGAAGUUGUAACCCAUUGGAAUCACCAUCAUUGGCACCGAAAGUUUCAUCAGGUAAUGAAGAAGAUAAUAGUGAUUUUAUUGAAAUGGACAUCUUCUAUAUAAGUUUUGUGGUGACGUAUAUAAUUGUGCUUUUAGCAAUUGCUAUAAUUUUGUAUGUGAAUCCAUAUUGGCGACGGUCUUGGUUUUAUCUUGUGGAGGUGUGGAUGUUCUCUUGCUACUACUUUGUUAUUGACCAUCUCACAAAACUUUGUCGUUAAGUUGUAUUGUAAUAUUAUAUAUGUAAACUUUGUUCUCCGGCUGAAAACGUUUUUUUCUAUCUGUUAUUGGAAGGUGAAGUAGUUAUUUUGAAAUCUGUAAAGUUGAAGGCAAGUGAAAGAGCUGUUGUUAAACUCUGC